AUGGACAUACAGAGCCCUGUGUCACUGGGAACCACCUGCUCUGAGCCCAGCUCAACGAUAGCCAUGGCCCUGAGAGCGCAAAAGACGGCAUGCACCUGGGGCAAGCUCUGCCUCCUUCUCUCCCUCUUCCUUCAGCUGCCAGGCUCCCAGGCCAAAUGCUACUUCCAGGCUAAAGCUCCCUGCGAGUAUGAGGGGAAGCAGUUCUCCCUUGGUGAGUCGUGGCUGAGCACCAACUGCCUGCUGUGCACCUGCCUGCACCCCAUCGGUGUUGGAUGCUGCGAAACCACCCAGCACCCCAUUGACUUCCCUGACUGGUGCGAGGCCCACUAUGACAAGCAGACCUGCCAGAUCUCGGUGGUGCAGAAGGCCAACCCCAGCCUGCCGUGUGUGAAGAGCAUGGAGCAUGAGUGGGGCUCAGCUGGCACCCCUGAGCCACUGAACAAGGUGCUGGAUGCAGGGCUUAGCAGAUAGAGCGCACGGCCUUGCUGUCAGCCCCCACUCCCCCAGGGCACACCUCCUGCAUGCUCCAGACCUGCCCCAUCCUGUAGACAUCACUGCAGCCACCUUCCAGGGAAACCACUAUCUAUGCACUAUUGUACUGAGCUAACAUUUACACUCUAGCGCUGCCACAGUACACCUUUGCUUCUGCCUUCAGCUUCCUGAACUCAUCUGGGGCCCCUUCCCCAACACGGCAUCGCUCUCAAGGUGAGCAGUGGGCCAGGGCACACAAGUCUCCAAUGGGACCAGAGUGCCCUGAGCUGUGAUUGUUUGGGGGAAUGCAGAUCCCAAGGGAUGUCUACCAAGGUACACAGGGAAUUUCCAGCUCAUGGAGAGGGCCACAGAACCAAAUUACACCACAGCCAGCUGCAAGCUAAGCAGCUCCCACCAAGACCCCAGUUCCUUUGUCUGCAGGCACUGGCAUCUCAGUGGGAAGCAUAGCAGACCUGAAGCACAACAUGUGCUCUGGCCAGUCCCUUCUCUGCCCCUGAAUACAAGAAGCGUAACCUGCUUCUUGAACCACUAAUGCCCACGCUCCCACAGCUCCUGUGAUCAGAGCUCUGUGUGCCAGCCCUGGGCAACACUACAACUGAGCCAGCCCUGGGCAGGCAGAACACUGGGCACGUGGGGAAAACCGCUGUCCCCAGGAGGAGCCUGGCCCCUGUGCAAGCUGUCCCAUUCCAGCUGCAAGAAGCUGGGUGCCCCACUGGUGUUCAGAAUCCUGAAGCAACCCGUCUGUGCGAGCGUGGAGCUGGCUGCCCUGACAGCCUGCCCCAGCUGGUGCCAUGCCUGUGCUGUACGGAGCCUCGUGUAGAUGUUUCUGUUCUUGCAAUAAAGGUAUUAAACGAAA